AUGGAUUUCACCACUACUGGCUCGCUCAAUGAAGAUGGCAUCCACGUCGACAUGGAUAGACUGAAGAAGGGCGAGGUCAACCUGGGUACCUCCAUCAUGGCAGUCACAUUCAAGGACGGCGUCAUUCUCGGCGCCGACUCACGAACAACCACGGGCUCAUACAUCGCCAACCGAGUAACCGACAAGCUGACGCGAGUCCACGACACAAUAUGGUGCUGCCGCUCUGGCUCGGCGGCCGACACGCAGGCCGUCGCGGAUAUCGUGCAGUACCAGCUCGGCAUGUACGCCAUGCGCAACGGCAAGCCGCCCAUGACGCAGACGGCGGCGUCCAUUUUCCAGGAGAUUUGCUAUUCCAACAAGGACCGCCUAUCGGCGGGCCUCAUCAUUGCGGGCUGGGACGAGCGUCACGGCGGUCAGGUCUACUCGAUCCCCCUCGGCGGAUCGCUUCACAAGCAGUCCUACGCCAUCGGCGGCUCAGGCUCGACAUACAUCUACGGCUACUGCGACGCCAACUGGCAGGAGAGCAUGGAGGAGAAAGAGGCCGUCGCGUUCGUCAAGGGCGCGCUGCGCGAGGCGAUCAAGUGGGAUGGCAGCUCUGGCGGUGUCAUUCGUAUGGUGGUGCUGACGGCUAGUGGCGCCGACAGGCACCUCUACCUCCCAGACACGGACUACGCCGUGCGUCACGAGUAG